UCCCACGGCCGUUGAACGAUACGAGGCGCGGAGGCUAACGUUGAGCUGGCUUUUCGUCCUGUGUGGUUGGCCGGUACCGUUGUCAUCGUGAGCCGUUUGUGGCGGUUUUAUUCAUCUGUUCGCGUCCGAGUGUGUGUGUGUGUGUCUUUCGGAAGAAACAAAUGGUCUCUUUAAGCCACAGCGAGCCGCUGUCCGUCACCGACUUGCUGACGGCGUCUUCGGGAAACAACGGCGCGAGUGACGGGCGGGACAGAGCAUUGACCCCAACCUUGGUGGAUGAAGAUGUCAGCGAGGCUUCAAGCCCCUGCUCCAGCCUGGACUCCCAGGGAACCAGCGGCUGCAGCAGUCGCAGCCCCAGUGAGACCUCCGGCCCCGCCUUGGGGGUCUGUGUCCGCCUGGCCAGACGCGAGCAAGACCCUCGACGGGCUAAAGCCUCCGACCAGCUCGCUGCUGCCCUCGAGGCUCACGUCAAAAUGCCCGACUUUUGCCGGGCGGCGCCUGGCAACUUCAUUCCCACCCUGGAGGAGAUCGAGGAGUUCCUGAAGGAGAAGAUGGAGCUGGUGCGAGAGGGGCUGUCGGAGGAGAGACUCUCGGCUUCGGAGAGCAUGGCGGGAGGGAGAGGGCGAGGGAGAGGAGAGGGAGAGGGCGAGGCGGAGGCUGCCUCCAACGACUCCUCGUUGAAGACGAACCGAGGUCUGUUAUCGUCGUCUUCGGGUAACAGUAACGGGCGGGAGUUUUCCCGGACUGCGGACGGAGACUGUGGGGCCGGGGUCUCUCCGCCGCUCGUGGUGGGGGGAGGCGGAGGAGGAGGAGGAAGAGGCGUUCCCAUCAUUGUGCAGCUCCAACCAGUCCCCGUGCCCCUGCCCGCCCCCAGCGUGAAAGUGCCGACUCCGCUGAUCCUCAGCGUUCAAGGGCACGCGUUCGCCCUGCUCCCCGCGGUGGCCCCCGCCCCGCCCAACAGCCCCGCCCGGCAGUUCGUGAGGAUCGCCCCCUCGCCCAUGGCCUCCCGGGCGGCGACGGUGCUGGGCGCCGCGGUGGAACAGUCCCAGCGGCUCCCCAAGUCGCCCUCGGCCGAGGUGAUCCGUGUGCACAAGUGCUCGUUCCCUGGCUGCAGCAAAAUGUACAGCAAAAGCAGCCACUUGAAAGCCCACAACCGGCGGCACACGGGAGAGAAACCUUAUGCCUGCACCUGGCCAGACUGCGGCUGGAGGUUCUCUCGAUCGGACGAACUCUCCCGGCAUAAGCGCUCGCACUCGGGAGUGAAACCAUAUCAAUGUCACAUCUGUGAGAAGAAGUUCGCUCGCAGCGACCACUUAUCCAAACACAUCAAAGUGCACCAGGGACUUAGGAACGGCAGAAUAAGCAGGACAGCCAGUUAACCCUCGGCUUUCAACAACAACAACAAGAUUCCAUUUAUAAAGCGCCUUUCACGUCAGGAGGACGUCCCCUCGUUUUGUUCAGGAAAUGCCAUGAUGGCUGCCAUUUAACUCUCGCACGUGUGUUUGUGUGUGUGUGUGUGUGUACAUACUGUACAAAGAUGUCAAAGCUAUUGUAUUUGGGUGAAUUCUUGUAAAGGGGUUGGGGGUCGAGGAUGGGGUGGGGGGGGGAAGAGGUCAAAAGAUGGAAAGCUAUCUAUUUUUUCAGAGAUAUUUCUUGAACUGACGAAUCCGAGUUUCACUUCCAAUGUUGAUCAGUUCUUAUACUGUACACCUGCGUGGAAAAACGUGGUCAAAUGUGGUGUUUUUGUGCCCAGUCUAUUGGUCGGAGGGAGGGUCUUUAUUGAGUCUUGGGAUGGGAGCGCAGAGCAAAGGGAACUUUGGUACCAGGAGUGAAGCACAUCGUGCAGCAAGGGGGAAAAAAAAGUUCGCGGGGCGCUAAACCUUCUGUGGGAAAAGAAAUCUGUGUCACUCUUAAUUUAUUCGCCUGAUUAUCAAACUCCAGUUGUGGACGACAACAACUUGCAUUUCUAUUGCGCCACCGACAGAAGGGUAGCGUCUCAGAACGCUUAUAGCAGUGGCAGAAUAAGUGUAUUAAGCGACUGUGUAUUUUGGGGGCAAAAGGGGAAAGCGCAACAAGCUGUGGAGCGAUUCUUAAUCUUAAUCGGGGGGUGGGGGGGGGGGGGUCUCUUGAGUUCAGGUUAGACCCAGUCUCAAUGUGCACUCUCUCUUGCAAAGUAUGUGGUGGUGGAGGAAGUGUGAGUGGGUGGGUUAGAGCAAUGGGCUGAGGGUAUCGCCAGAAUUAUUUUUAUACGGUUUCUCCAUCGAAGCACUGCAUCGCGUGAGCAAGUCGUGUUGCGGACCGAGGCCUGAUGUAUUUGGGAACUUUCAAGGGAAAGUCCUCUCUCGCCGUCGAGCGCGGGCGGGGACGCUUUUUAAAAGAACAGAAAUUUCCACCAAAA